UAGGAGUAUAACCUAAAUCCGCGAAAAGUCAACGACGUUCGGAUUUCUAUAGCAAGAUCCGAUUUCAGAUCUUCGUUUUGGAUGGAAAACAUUGCGUUUGGGUAUUUCGUGCUUGCUGAUAAUGACUUAGAUGGACUGACUGCGUUAAGGGGGGCUAACAUUAUGGUAUAACAACCAACAAAUGUCCGACCUGUAUAUAAGGGAGGGAAGGAUUGGAGUUGGAUAGGCUUAAUAUCUCAACAACUCAAUUUAACCUCAUAAAAUCCCACAAUGUCUGUUUGGUUCAUCACAGGAGCAUCCAAUGGCUUCGGCCUGUUGCUUUGUCUCAAAGCCCUCAAGGCCAACCACCGUGUUAUAGGAGCAGUGCGCAGCAAGGCCAAGUCCGGGGACGCAGUGAAACAGAUCGAGUCGGCAGGAGGUCAAGUCAUCGAGCUAGAUCUGAACGAGUCUCGGGAGGGCAUCACCAAGAAAGUCAAAGCGGUCGGACAAAUCGACUACCUGGUCAACAAUGCGGGCUUCCUCGUCCUUGGCGCCGUCGAGCAAAUGAGUGAGAAAGAAGCCCAGCUCCAACUACAAACCAACUUCUUCGGGCCACUGUACGUGAUACAAGCAGCGCUAGAGGGCAUGCGGGCGCGGCGUUCCGGCGUCAUCGUCAGCAUGAGCAGCUUGGCAGCCAAGGAAUACGUGCCGACAACCGGGCUAUACUCAGCAAGCAAGGCAGCGCUAGAGGCCAUGUCCGAGUCGUUAGCAGCCGAGGUAGCCGAGUUUGGCGUGUCCGUCCUGAUCGUCGAACCGGGCUCUUUCCGGACCAACUUCCUCGCCGCCUUGAACCAAUCUGCGACACCACUGCCUGAGGAUUACGAGGGCACAGCCGUCGCACGGAUCCGGGAUGUCUUGCUGACCAAAAGCGGCAAGCAGCCUGGUGACCCCCAGAAGGGCGUGGAUCGUAUCUUUGAGACAUUGACAGGCGAAGGUUUGGCGGGACACCUGAAGGGUAAAGUGUUAAGGCUCGUCCUCGGCCGGGAUGCUCUGGAGCGUAUAAGAAAGGCUAACGAUAAAUUCUUGGAGGAUUUGGCGCUUGGGAAAAAGAUCACGGUCACCACGGACCUGUAGGUUAGAAGUAUGAUAGAGGCUGAAGUCCGCUAACGACUAUCAUGUUAGAGGAUAUUAUCAUAGAACUGAAUGAUAUUAAACCCUAGGUGUAUACUUAG